AUGCCUCAAUUCGAACAUUUAUUGCCAACCAAUGGUGACUGGAAAUUAGAUAUUACCCGCUGGCUGCAAGAAGAUGUACCAAGCUUUGACUUUGGUGGAUUUGUCGUUGGGUCAGCUGCCAAAAGUGCUACCCUUUGGAUGAAAGAACAAGGUGUUUUAAGUGGUAUCCCUUUUGCCCAGGAAGUUUUCGAUCAGUGCAAGCUUAGGGUGGAGUGGUUGGUUUCGGAGGGAAGUGAACUGUCGCCCAAAAAAGGAGAGAAAAUAGCCAUUGCUAAAAUCCAUGGCGAAGCUCGUAAUAUUCUAUUGGCGGAGAGAACAGCUUUGAACCUUCUCAGCAGAAGUUCAGGAAUAGCCACCGCUUCAAGGAAUUUGAUUAACGUAGCACGUGAAGUAGGGUACGGGGGGGUAAUUGCUGGAACUCGUAAGACAACACCGGGCCUUCGGAGACUGGAGAAAUAUUCUAUGCUUGUAGGUGGCUGUGAUACACACAGAUACGAUUUGUCAUCUAUGGUGAUGCUAAAGGACAACCACAUUUGGUCUACAGGGUCCAUCACUCGCGCCGUUGAGGACGCGCGCUCUGUGUGCGGGUUCGCAGUCAAAAUUGAGGUUGAGUGCCAAUCAGAGGCGGAAGCAGACGAAGCGAUUUUGGCUGGGGCAGACGUUAUUAUGCUAGACAACUUCUCCGGACAAACCCUGCAAACUGCGGCCCUAAACCUUAAGCAAAGAUGGGCGGGGAAAAAAAGCUUCCUGUUGGAAUGCAGUGGUGGCUUGAAGCUCAGCAACAUCCGUGAGUACUUAUGCCACGAUAUAGAUAUCUACAGCACCAGUAGUAUCCAUCAAGGAACCAGUGUUGUUGACUUUUCUUUGAAAAUUAACGUCGAAGGCCAGUAG